AUGAGAAUCAGUCUCAAGAUGGUAGAAGACGCUUCUCACCUGGAAAUCGAUGUUAAUGAGAGGAACUCGAAAAGCUUAGAGGAGUUGGUCACUCCGUGGGGUGUGCCAAAAGCAGAAAAGUACUGCUUCUAUAACACGAACGUCGUUGACGUGCUAAAAGGCUGCGUUGUGCCGAGUGCAAGCGUCUAUACGGAAGGCGGAACAAUCUGCAAGAUUACAUGCUCUGCUGAUGAAAACAAGCCGGCCGAUGGGUACAAGGUAAUUGACGGCAGCGGUAAAUAUUUGAUGCCGGGGCUCUUUGACAACCAUGUUCAUGUAACCUCGGUUCCCGGGGAGAAAGACCUAGCAAGCACUCUUGACACUGCAAAAACCACGGCCCUGGUGAGGGUCCGGUACAAUUUGGAAGGUUCUCUGAAACGAGGAUUCACCACCCUCAGAGACUGUGGUGGUGCGGAAAGUUACAUAAAGAGGGCCAUCGAAGAAGGAAGUAUCAAGGGACCACGGCUUAUCACCUGUGGGCAUGCGAUUUCGCAAACCGGCGGCCACGGUGACAUGCGCAGAAAUGACAUACCGGGCGAUGCUCUCAACGACUGUGCGUGUCAUAUUAACAACUUGGGCGUCGUUGCCGAUGGUGUUCCAGAAUGCUACAAAGCCGCUCGCGAAGAGUUUAGACGAGGUGGGGAUUUCAUCAAGAUUAUGGCAGGCGGAGGCGUGGCGUCUCCCACGGACAAGAUCUCCAACGUGCAGUUCUGCAAGGAUGAGAUAAAAGCCAUCGUCAACGUUGCCGACACGUACCACAGCUAUGUCACUGCCCAUGCGUACACCCCGGAGGCGAUCAAAAACUGCAUUACUUUGGGGGUGAGGGGGAUCGAACAUGGGAAUCUUAUAGACGAUGAGACUGCCGCGCUCAUGGCAGAAAAAGGCUGCUACUUGACGCCUACGCUGGUCACCUAUAAAAUCCUCGCGUCAGAACAGUUCCGGACUUUCCUAAAGGAGGAGAACGCCCACAAGAACCUGAGUGUGCUGAGAAGCGGGCUACGCGCGCUCCAGAUCGCCAAGAGGCACGGCGUGAAAAUCUGCUACGGCUCAGACCUGCUGGGGUCUCUGAACGGAUACCAAACACAAGAGUUUUUCAUCAGAAACAAAGUGUUGUCGGCACACGAGAUCAUCCUAUCUGCCACUGUGACGCCCGCGGAGCUGAACGGGCUGGGCGACACACUGGGCCAGGUGAAGGUCGGAUACACAGCGGACCUGCUUCUGAUGAACGGCAACCCGCUGGAGGACAUCUACGUCCUCGAUGAGCCCGAGACCAACCUGGUGUCGGUGAUGAAGGACGGGUGUGUGUGCGUGGCACGUGACUGUGGUGGUAUCUGCACGUGA